AUGUUCUCUUAGUUUAAUUAAAGUAAGCAAUCUCCAUUUAAAUUUUUAGCCCCUGCUUAAAAGGAACCAGCUCGAUUGAGUGGAACGAUUGUAAAUCUAAAAUCUAUGUCGAAUUAUGAUUUUUUCAUGCUUCUUUGGGAAAUUGGAGAUUUUUAAUCAGAAGACAAUUUAGAUAGCUCUAAUACAUUAUCUUUGUAAGAUGGUUAAAUAUAAAUAUAGUUUCGCUUUUUUAGUGAUAGUAAUUUAAAUGAAAAAUAACAGCUUUCAAAGUCUGAUAUUAUCAUACUAUUACUCAAUGUAGACUAAGAAAAUGUUAAUGAGUAGUUUAAAUUUAUAGAAGAUUAUUUACAUUUUUGCGAUGAGAAUAAUUAUGAUAAAAAAAAUUCUCAACUUUUCUUUUUUGUUUAGAAUUUCAGCUUUAAAAUUCAUGAAAAUAGCGAUUUUGAGUAUUAAAUUUCAGAACUUCUAACAGAAUAUCCUUAAAUUAUUCAUUGUAAAGUAAAUUCCGAUGAUUCAACUACAUUGAACUAAUUACUCAAACCGAAAAUCAUAUAAUUUUCCUAGAAGCAAGACUAAUAGUUAGGAUGGAGUCCUAUACUUAAUAAUGAAUUAGAUCAAUAUAGCUAGUAAAAGACUUCAAGAAAUGUUUUAGAUUAAUUAGACUUAUAUAAAUAAACAAGAUAAGUAUCUCAAUCGCCGCCACCGCUUAUGGAAUAAAAAACAUGGCAUCAAUCUUUUUCACCACCUCCUAUGUUAUUAUAACCAAAGUAAGUGUCACAAUCUCCUCCUCCAGCUGCAUAAAAAUCUAGAAAAUCUAUAUUCGAAAAUUCAUUAGUUUUUGCUUUAAAACAACAUUAAGAAGAAAAAAAAAUGUAAGAUGAGGCUUAGAAAAGCUAACUAGAUUUAUUAAAUUAGCAAUAAUAAGGAAUGAAAUCUGCUUCUAAAAUUAUGUCAACUUCAAAUAUAUAAGAAUCACCAGAACAGUCCUUAAUAAGUAGAAAAAGAGAUACAAGUCAGAGCAUUAUGUAUUAUAAUAGCAGUGUUAAAAAAUUUGAAAAUGAUUCUCCUCUAAGCACAUUAAGGUUUCGAGGUGAGGAUGAAAAAGAGUACAAUCAUUAAAUAAAAGUUAAGAUGUCUCCAUUCAAAUAAGAAAUAUGUACAACUUAUUCAUAUCCUAAACUAUCUGGAGAAAAAUAACCACCUGUUUUUAAAACGAGUCUAAUUCAAGGUGAUAAUCAAGAUUUUUUGAUAUAAAAGUUAGCAACAAAAAUUUCAAGAAGCAGCAGUCCUAAUAUUUCAUAGCAAGCCAAAGAAAUUAAAGAAAAGAAUAUCUUAAAAUAAUACAACAAGUAGUAGAAUUAUCUUGAUGUUAGUAUCAAUAAUUAAAAUUUAAAUAAAUCAAACCAUCAAUCUGAAAUAAAAUUAAAUAAAUAUAGCGAAAUACCUAGAUCAAUAACACCAACCAAGUUAAUAAACAAGGUUAAUUAAUAAAAUUAAAAGGACUAGAAUUUAAAUGAGCUAAGAAGGAAUAAAAGUAGUCUAGGAAUAAGGUAGAGUAAUACAAACAUGGAUUUAGAGAGAUCUCUAACACCAAACAAAUUAGGCAGUAGAAAAAUACAAAAGCAAGUUGUUACUUCAAACACUCCUUCUUAGAGUUGUAUUAUGAAGUUGAAUAUAGAAAUUCAAAACAAAAUAGUAUAAUUAGAAGUUGAAGAACACGACACACCUCACACGUUAACCUAUAAAUUAUUAUAAAAAUGUAAUUCCUCAGGUUAGCUUAAACAAGUGAAACAAAUUUCACUUGUGAUUGAAUAAAAAUUAAAAAAAUACCUUUAAAAUGUAGAUAAAUAUUUUAAAAAUCACUCUAGACCUUAAGUCACUCACAUUUGCAAAUAAAACAAAUAAAUACUCUAAGAUUUGAUAGAAAAUGACUACCAAGAAUUAUAAUAAAAGAAAAAAGCAACUCAAAAUUAUUACAACUAAGGGUUAGAUAGAAGUUACUCGAAAUAUAAUAUUUAAAACAACAAUGAAAUGUAAAAUGAUGUGAAUAACAGAACUUCAAGCGCACUUGGAAUGAAGAAUAACUUUUAAAUACCUUAAUUUUAGCAAAACCCUCAACAAAUGAAUAAAUAUAUAGGAGAAAUAUAAGUUUAAGGAGAAGUGAAUGGAAAGUUGUAGAAUGUUUCUAUGUUUAUUGAAGAAAAUGCUCUUCCAGAGAUCUAAGCAUAAGAAUUCAUAAUGUAAAAUAAUCUUAGCCUCGACCUUAAAGACUAAAUAGUUUAAUAAAUCUAAUAAAUUAUAGCCUAACAUAAAUAAGCAAACACAUUCUCUGAAAUCUUUUAAGAAAACAGAGAGUAAAUUAGCUUUAUUAAAGAGCUAAAAUCAAAGUAUAGAUUUGACAACAAUGUACUUUUCUAAAGUAUAUAAAAAUCCUAAGCAAAAGUUAAUCACUUUAGAGUCAAUUUAGAAUUAGAAAAUGGGAAAAUAGUUAAAUUUAACUUUAAUGAUACAGAUAAUUUGUCUAAAGCCAUCAACAUAUUUUGCAUCAACCAUAAGCUUUCUUCUAAAAACUAGCAAAAACUAUAUAGUAUAUGUGAAUAAUCAAUUAAAUAUUACAAAGAAUUGUAAACCAAAAAACGCUAAUAGUGA